CUAUUGUUCUGUUAGACGAGGCCACCUCCGCUCUCGACACAGAGACAGAGCGCAACAUUCAGAAGUCUCUCAACGCCAUCUGCCGUGACCGCACGUCUGUAGUAGUGGCCCAUCGACUGAGUACUAUUACCAAGGCUGACCAGAUACUUGUGCUUAGCGAUGGGCAGAUCACAGAGAGAGGCACACACGCCGAGCUGCUGCAACGGCAG